AUGUAUGCUUCUCAAAUGGCUGCCACUCCUGCACCCACCUCUGACUCUCCCAUCAUCACCAUCAACGCUGCUACAACCAUAAAUGAAAAACUUACCCCAGCCACCUUCCCUCAAUGGAGAGCUCAGUUUGAAGCACUGUUAAUAGGCUAUGAUCUUAUUGAUUUUGUCAUUGGAGUUCAUACAUGUCCAGUUAUUGAUAUGGAAAAUCCCACCCUCUCCAAAGCCGCGAACUCCCAUUGGGUUCGCCAAGACAAGUUAAUCCUCCAUGCCAUUCUUGCCUCUACCUCCACAACCAUUACUCCUCUUCUUGCAGCUUGUAAAACGUCACACCAAGCCUGGACUGCUCUUACCCGACUCUAUGCGGGAAAAUCACAAACAUGUGCCAUGCAACUCAAGGAGGAUCUUACCUUGAGCACUUGCCGCAACCGCUUUGUCACGGAGUUUCUCCAAGCUAUCAAAAUAAUUGUAGAUGAACUCGCAAUUAUUGAUCAUCCAGUUUCGGAUGAUGAUUUGACCCUCUAUAUUCUAAAUGGGUUGGGUCCCGAGUUUAGAGAAAUUGCAACCCCAAUUCGUGCUAUUGACAGAUCUCUGCAGUUUGAGGAGAGAUUCAUGAUCUUCUGGUCAGUCAUGAAAACUACCUUCGCCAGCUGGAGACUCAAUCGGCUUCGAACAUGCUAG